AUGAUCAAAAUAUUUAUAUUUAUACUAUUAUAUUUCAGAUUUGGUUAUGCAGAUGUACAUGUCAAAAAAAUCCCUAAAAACUUUAUUUUUGGACUUGGUACGUCAUCAUACCAAAUAGAAGGAGCAUGGAACACAAAUGGAAAAGGCCCAAGUAUUUGGGAUGAGUUCGUGCAUCGAGUACCUUCCCCAAUAAAAAACAAUGACACAGGGGAUAUCGCUUGCGACUCUUAUUAUCGCUAUAAGGAGGAUGUCCUAAAUGUGUAUAAUGCUGGUUUUCAGUUUUACAGGUUUUCUAUAUCUUGGCCCAGAAUUUUGCCAACUGGUUACACAAAUAAUAUUAAUGAAGAAGGUAUAAUCUACUACAAGAAGCUUAUACAAGAAAUUUUACGAUACAAUAUGACUGCUGUAGUGACCAUUUAUCAUUGGGAACUUCCACAGCAACUCUAUAAGGAUGGCGUUGACUGGACUAAUCCAAAAUUUGUGGAUAUUUUUGUAGAUUAUACCAGAUUUAUAGUAUCAAGGUAUUUCAAAAGUAUAUUAACUCUUGCUUGUGAAAAUGGGUUUGCUUAA